AUGUCCACCCUCAUAUGGCCUCCUAUAGCUCACGAUCAACUCCUCGUCGAGCAGGCCGAUACUGUCGCUCGGGAGCUAGAAUGGUUGCUCUCCACGCUGCAAGACACUCUUCGCGCAUUGAAAGAAGGUCUCGAGGAAUGUGCUGAACUUCUCGCUCCAAAAGAGCCCGGCUCAACACUCGUCCUAUCAUCAAUCCGCUCCGAGCAUCUCAAAGGUUUCAUCACUCGCGUCGGAACGCGCAUCGUCAAAGGCGAUGUACACCUUCGUCUACAUUCUCUGCCUCCCGCAAAGGGACAGUCCAGCUACAAACUCUCCAUUUCUACGCUUCCCACUGCACCAACGCUUGUUCUCGACCAGCUAACCACCACGCGCACUCUCAUCAAUGCCUGCCUCGAUGUCGUCGAUGCUACUUUAUGGACGGGUGAUCGCCAAAACGCUAGCUUCAUCUCCAGCCAGCUCCGCCUGCUGCACGAGAACAUACAAGAAGCCAAGACAGCCCUGAAAGGCUGGCCCGAACACCUCAAGCCCUGGAACGAACAGCCGGCCGAACCCAAGGCCUUCCUCCCACCACUGCCAUCGAACAUCUCCUUCCACCUCUCAAUCUCCGAAGCCGCCGUACUGCUCAACGUCCGAGUGCUCGAGCUCGCACACCCGCACACCGGCACCAACACUCCCUUGUCAGCACCUGGCGGUGGUGCAGCAUCCUUCAGUGGGCUGUCGUUGCGCGAUCGGCUGGCGACAGCGUUUGGUGUGAAGCCUAUGCCAGAGGGCGAAACAGCUGAAACGUUCACAUAUCAAGGACAAGAGGUUCGCGUGAAAGAGAAGGUACGCGUGGAGAGCCAGGACCCGAGUCUGAUGGCUGCGUUGGCCAAGCUGGGCGCAUUGGAAAGGAAUGUCGCAUUGGCGCGACGGGCGCUAGAUGUGCUAAUGGGAAUAGACGGAGAUACAGACGAUGCGUGAGAUGAGAAGCCUUGACAAAGUCGUGCGACAGAGACAUCAAUUGCUGCAGUGCAGUAAGAAUGCCAGCCCAUGCCCUGUCGCUGAGCGAUGUCAGUUGAGAGCGUAUGCGCUGAGGUGACCUGGAGACGUCUACUGUCGGUCAGAGAGACAGAACCAUCGCAUCGACUGUGACUGCAGAUUGCAACAUAUCAUCUGUCGGUGCACACUGCCCUCGUUCGCAAUUUUAUCAACGAAAAUCACGAACUUGCCGCGGACAUGGGAAAGUUGAGUUCUCCGCGGGGAUGUGUGGCGCGCCAGCUUGCUCCGAAGCCGCCCGCUAAGAUAAGAUUGAAAGAUUGGGCCAACCACGUUCACACCAUAUCUUCUAACAUAUCAGUCACAUUAUCUGCUCUGCGACAGGUCUGCAAUUCCUGUACAUCCUGUCAUUAUCUGGAUCGGAGAAAGAACAAUUCAAUUCUCUUUAUCUCUUUGGCUCUGCU